AUGAAUCGUCAAAUCGUCCCUUCAUUUUUGCGUUUUCAUAUAAGAACUUGUUUCAAAAUAUGCAAACGUUCUUUCAGUACUCCUGCCACGCUUACACCAGCGGAGUCUCGCCUGUUCGGGCAACCAACUCCCAAAACACAUCCACAUCUGAUGAAACCUGGUGAAAUAACGCCAGGGAUAUCUGCUAUUGAAUAUGAACUUCGACGUACAACACUAAUGAAUAAAUUACCCGAGAAUAGUGUUGCGAUAUCAUUAGGUUAUCGUACACGAUAUAUGUCAAAUAAAGUAUUUUAUCCAUUCCAUCAAAACACGGACUUUUUUUAUUUAUGUGGUUUUAAUGAACCCGAUGCAGCAAUAGUUUUAGGUACAUUGCUUGAUGACAGGAAUGACACGCGUAGAGGUUACAAAAUGACAAUGUUUGUUCCUCCCAAAAAUCGUAGCGUGGAAAUGUGGGAUGGUCCUCGAACAGGUGUUCUUGGGGCUGCCAUGGAAUCUGCGAGAUUUAAUUCAAAGAUUAAGGAAAUAAUUAAGAAUUAUAAAGAAGUAUAUAUUGAUUUACCUCCACGUACUAAUAUUUUAUCAACUGAUAAUGUUCAAAAAAAUAUCAGUCGAACUCAUGUAAAGCCAUUAAGUAAAUUAAUUCAAGAUUUACGAAUAAUUAAGAGUGAUUCUGAAAUAGCUUUAAUGAAAAAAGCUGGUGAAAUUACUGGAAAUGCAUUCAUUCAGACAAUGAAAUUUACAAAACCUGGAAUUUUAGAACAUGAUCUAUAUGCCAAAAUGGAUUUUGAAUGUCGUAUGCGAGGAGCACCAUUUCUUGCCGACUAUGACUUGGUAUUAAUGGAUGCGGGUGGUGAAUAUCACGGUUAUGCCAGUGAUGUUACACGGACGUGGCCAGUAAACGGAAAAUUCACGGCAGCACAGAGAGAACUAUAUGAAGUUGUGUUGAAUAUCAAUAGGCAUUGUAUAAAUUUAUGCACCGAAGCGAGAGAUAUUUCAUUAAAUGGGAUACAUGAAGUUUCCGUACAAAUCAUGAAAGAAGAAUUACAGAAAUUGGGAUUUAAUAUCGUUGAAGGGGAUGUCGACCAUAUUUUAUAUCCUCACCAUGUGGGACAUUAUCUUGGCCUUGACGUACACGAUACUCAUGACCUUGAUCGUUCACGGAGAUUGUUACACGGAAUGGUGAUAACAAUAGAACCAGGAAUUUAUGUACCACCGAAUGAUGCGUAUCCAAAAAAAUAUCAUGGAAUUGGUAUUCGUAUUGAAGACAAUGUACUAGUUGGUAGAACAGAUCCUAUUGUGUUAAGCUCAAUAGCUCCAAAGGAAAUAGUUGAUAUCGAAUAUUGUAUAGAAAAUAGUUGA